AUGCUCAGCACCAUCUUCACCACCGUCUCCGUCCUGGCCGUCGCCGCCUCCGCCUCGCUCGCCGAGCGCGACGCCGCCGCCGCCGCCGCCGCCGCCGUCACCGUCACCAACACCGUCACCGUCACCAGCUGCCCAGCCGCCGUCAGCGACUGCGCCGCCGCCACCCGCUACAUCACCGUGCCCUGCGGCGCGGAGGCCGCCACCGUAGUCUCUGGCGCCCUUCCUCCUGCCGGUGCCACUGGCGCCCCCGCUGGCCCUCCCGGUGCCACUGGCGCCCUCGCUGGCCCUCCUGAUGCUAGCGGUGCCCCUGCUGGUCCUCCCGGUGCCAACGCCGGCCCUGCUGGUCCUCCCGGUGCCAACGCCGGCCCUGCUGCUCCCUCCGGUGCCAGCGGCGCCUCCGCUCCGCCCGCUCCCACUGGUAACGCACCCGUCGGACCCGCCGGACCCGCCGGACCCAACAAGAUCCCCGGCGCCCACAACGGCACCGCCUUGGAGAGCCAGGGCUGCCCGGCUUACGGCUGCGGCACCGGCCUGCCCAUCGCCACCCCGGCCGUGGCCCCCAAGCCCUCCCACCAUCCCGCCGUCAGCUCCGCCAAGGCUACCCCCUCGGGCCCGCCUCUCGUCGUCAGCGCCGCCGUGGCCAACUCGGUCUCCUUGUCCGCCGGCGUCGCCGUCCUCUUCGCCGCCUUCUCCCUCUUCUAG